GGCGCGCCGGCCCUAGCGACCGCUGUCUCCAGGGAGCGGGAGCACUGCACCGCGGUAUGGACGCGACCACCGCCCCGCACCACAUACCCCCGGAAAUGCCCCAGUACGGGGAGACGUACCACGUCUUCGAGCUGAUGCAGAACAUGCUGGAGCAACUCCUGAUCCACCAGCCCAAGGACCCCAUCCCGUUCCUGAUCAGUCACUUGCAACAAGACAAUGAUAAUGUGCCGAAGAUUGUGAUAUUAGGUCCACCCGCCUCGGGGAAAACAACCAUAGCAAUGUGGCUGUGCAAACAUCUGAGCAGCAAUCUUGUCAUGGUGGAGGACUUGAUAGCCAGAAAAUUUUCCUCGCUGGCUGAGGUUGCCAGGAAGCAUUAUCAGAAAAUGAAGAAACUGCCCAGCACACUGCUCAUCAAACUGAUUCAAGAACGCCUGAAGGAGGAGGACUGCAUCAGGCGGGGCUGGAUUCUGGAUGGCAUCCCUGAAACUCGGGAGCAGGCCCUGAUGAUCCAGACCCUCGGGAUCACCCCCAGACAUGUCAUUGUGCUGAGCGCUCCAGACACUGUCCUGAUCGAGAGAAACUUGGGGAAGAGAAUCGACCCUCAAACGAGAGAGAUUUAUCACACCACCUUUGACUGGCCCUCUGAAUCUGAUAUUCGGAACCGACUGAUGGUGCCAGGGGGCAUCUCGGAGCUGGAGACGGCACGGAAACUGCUGGAAUAUCACAGGAACAUCAUCAGGAUCCUCCCCGCUUACCCCAAAAUCCUGAAAGUCAUCAAUGCUGACCAGCCGUGUGUGGACGUCUUCUACCAGGCUCUGACCUAUGUCCAAACCAACCAUCGAUCUAAUGCCCCGUUCACCCCACGGGUGCUGCUUUGUGGGCCCGUGGGCAGUGGGAAAAGUCUGCAGGCGGCCCUCCUGGCCCAGAAAUACGGCCUCGUCAACGUCCACUGUGGGCAACUGUUGAAAGAGGCUGUAGCAGACGAGUCAAAAUUCGGGGAGCUCAUCCAGCCCUAUUUUCAGAAGGAGAUGGCAGUCCCUGACAGCAUCAUCAUGAAGGUGCUGAGCCAGCGUCUGAGCCAGCAGGACAGCAUUCAGAAAGGGUGGGUGCUGCACGGCUUCCCGAAAGACCUGGACCAGGCACACAUGCUGAACAGCCUGGGCUUCCAGCCCAACAGGUAAGCUGUCCCCCUCCAGG